UGAGUCAUUUAAAGUCUGUCACUUUCAUUCUCUCAUUACUGUUGUUCCCUCCCUAGGCAAAAAAAAACAAAAAAUCUUAUUGCCAAGGAAAUGGCUAAGGAAAGAGGCAGUGCAAUUAUUGCCAUGGCACUACUGCUGUUUUUCUUGCUUCAUUCCGAGACAACCCAUGCAGCCACGUUCAAGGUUGGAGACGAUGAUGGCUGGAGGUUUGGUGUAAGUGAUUGGCCUAACGGAAAAAGCUUCAAGGCCGGUGAUAUCCUCGAGUUUGUUUACAAUCGGGCCAACCACAACGUUGCAGUCGUAGAUAAGGAUGGUCAUGACUCAUGCACAGUCCCAGACAACGCCACAGUUUUCCAGACGGGAGAUGACAAAAUCACACUUGAAAAAGGAGAAAACUAUUUCAUCUGCGGCUUCACUGGCCACUGCGCUAAUGGAAUGAACCUUGCCAUCACUGCUGCCUAAUGGGGUUGGGGAGAGAUUCUUUAGAAUAUAGAAGAUUUUUCCUUGUCCUUUGUUGUUCCCACCAGGAAUUAAUAAUAUUUGGUUUGCUUUUCGUACUAUUACUUUACUCCAUGAU